UCAUUAAGCUGUAAAUAAGUAACCAAUAAGUAAUAAAGGUGUUCAAAGGUAAUGUACAGUUCUCCAGAAUGGAACACGGCUGUGUCCUAAACAGCGUAGAGCAGCUGACAGUAGUAGACAUAGUGCACAUAGAGAGCAGAGUGCAGGGCACUAAAUAAGAUCAAGCCAUCGGGGCGGAAAUGAAACGCACAAGCUCUCAAUCUGAGUCCAUCCUUUUCCUCUCAUUGUGUUGCCAGGUCCUUGUUUUUACUGCGUCAAUCGUUUAUUCCGGGAAUCUAUCCAUCAUUUGGCGUUUAUCCUAUUCAUUUUAUCAAAUAUAUCCACAUUUAAACAAAGCAAGACUAGGUAUUUAAGAAUAAACACUACACUGAUUAAACAAGUUAAUUAAAUCCUUUCUGCCUUCUUUCUAGUGUAUUGACAGGAGCCUAAGACGUCAGGAAACAGUUUCAUUCGGGUGUAUAACAGUAAAUUCUGUGAUGUUACUGAAAUAAAAAACGACCUUAAUGCGAAUAAAUCGUGUAAAUGAAUAACGCAGGCAAAUCUGAAAAAGACUAAUAAUGUCGGACUUAAAGAACAGAGCAAAUGGGUGUGAUAUGAGGAUUUGGCAACCCUGCACUAGAUUUGUGUUUAGACCGUCACAAUUAAAACAACAGUUGCUUAUAGCUUGUACAUUACUGAUUCUAUAAAUCAAUCAUGGCUCGGUAUUCGCCAUUCCCGAGUUUAGACCCAGUGAGAAAGUUGCCAGUGAAGACAGCACUCACUGUCCUAGUUACUGUUGUGUUUUUUAAGUAUUUAUUCACGUGUCCAUGCGCGAGUCCGGAGGAAACCUUAAUGCACUGCUGGCUGUACUUGCUGCUUCCUGUAGGCAUCCUGAUGUUCACCCUGAGCCUGGUGGACACGCAGCUGCUCAGACUGUGCCAGUGCUACGUGUGCAGAUGUUGUGCGCGUGCAGAGGGCAGAUGCUGCUGCUGCAGGCCGAUCCGGUGUGGUGCAGACGUGCGCCACUGCUGCGCGCUCAUUGGGGAUUAUCUGCUGAGGGUUUUCUGCGCCUCGGCUCUGUGGGUCGUGGCCGCGCUACUUGACGGUGACUGGUACGUCUGUAUCCGCACUGUGGCCGCCAAUGGGAGCGGACAACACCAGCUGGCCUGCAAGGAUUUCCCAACUCCUGAAGAAGCAGAAACUCUUAGGAAAUACAGCAGUGAGUCUCGGAUUAUUGCUUUGCUCAUCAUCCUGGGACUGUCCAUCCUGCUGGUGCUAAGCGCCUCUUUCACGAGCAAGUCGAAGCCCUACUACAAGUCGGUGUUUGAGGCGUUUGUGGAGCAGGAGACGACAGCCAUGCUGGAGGAGAAGCUGCACGAGCAGGCCAUGAAAAAAGCAAAGCUUCUUAGUGAGAGUGCAUUACGCUGCAUUCACAGUCUGAACAACGGACAGGAAGAGGGACACUUUUACUAUCAUCCACUAACAGAGACAGAGGAGGACAUGUGGAGGACAAUAUCAGACCCAGCGUUCCAUCUGCUAGGAGUCCAGAUCUAUUCAUAAGGUGUUUUUUCGACCAAUUGCCCACAUUAACUCUAAUUAUGAUCUGUUAAUAGCGAUAAACAAGCACAAGCCAUAUCACUCCAGUGAACAGAACCUGCAACUAACAAGCAUGGCUUAAUAAUUGUUCCAAAUAAGUUUGGACUCGGAGUGGCAGCUUAGUGGUUAAUGUGUUGGACUUCUGAUCAGAAGAUCAGUUCAAAUUCCAGCACCACCAAGCUGCCACUUCUGGGCCCUUAAGCAAAGCUCUUAACACUAAACUGCUCAGUUGUGUGUAUCUGUAAGUUUCUCAGGACUUACAGAGCAUCUGCCAAAUGCGGUAUUUUUCAGUUCAUUUUUAUCUUGUUAUUUUCUUAUUUUAAAUGAAAUACAAAUAUUUAAAUAAGAUAUGCAGUAUCAGACACGCCCUCGCAUACAUUACAUAGUGACAGUUUAGUUGUUUAAGUUUUUCAGGUGCUGCCAAGUUUAAAAGUAAUAUGGAUUUAAUUGAUUUUCUAUCAAAUGGCAUGUUGCUUUACCAUGUGAGAUGUUUGAGAUGAUAUGUCUACAGGUGCUUUACAAUAUUUAUGGGUUUAAAAGUUUUUCUUUAUUCCUACAUCUGUUACACAUUUGUUCCUUUCUGAACCCAUGCCCUCAUUAAAGAUAUGACUGGCAUUUUUGAGCAGAUACGUUUUGUUAAACUUUGGGGAAAAACAAAUCCAUUGUUUGUUAGUGUUAUCUGGUUACAAGGAUUUCUGCAUCUGCAGGCUGUUUAAGAUUUAGGUUCUAUAAAUACGAACACUAAAACGUAAGUAACUACAGAAGGUUUUUAUGGUUGGAAAAGAUUUUCAUUUUUGCACUUUCUGUGUUUGUUAUUAUUCAACGUUUUUUUUUUUAAGAUCUAUGACACUAUGCAGUGUGUGUGUUUUGGCAGCCUAAGCCAAAUGUAUUAGCAUAUAACUUUAUUUCUUCUGAGCCACAGAAUGUUUUUGUGCUUUUAUCCAAGGUCAUCUUCUUACUAUACAGUAUAUAAAGUGGCUUCUGUUACACAAGGAGACAUUACUGUAACUAAACAAGUACACUGCAGUGACUGCAUUUCUAACACAUUAAUACCUGAGAAAAGCUCAAAUCCUACAUUAACAAGCAGACAAACUACACACUUAGUUCUGAGAGGAUUAUUUAAAGAUCUGCAUAACAAAAUGAUGUACAAUUAUGUUUAUGUGCAAUAAUAAAUAUUAAACCACCCAAUGUA